AUGACAUGGGAGGAAAAGUCACAGAACAGAACAAACCCACCUGAUUUUGAAUGCUCCAGAGAUCAGGAACAGCAGCUGGAGAAGGCUACAAUUGCACCUGAGUGUGAUGAUUCCAAGCAUAUUGCCAAUGUUUGCUCUGCUUGUGAACAAACACCACAUUCACACACCUUCUUUAUCAGACGAAAAAGCCAUAAAGCCCUAACUUUGCUGGGCUUUGACAGACUGACAGAAGACACUUCUGGCUCAGAGACACAAACUCAUGUUGAAAUUGAUGAGAUUCUUAAACAUUCUGAGAGACAUAGACAGAAGAUGGAUUAUUCAUUUGAAUUCCUUAUGGAUAAUCACGCUCCUGCAGGUUGUGGUCUUGCUGGGAUUAAGAAUCCCAAUAGUAAGAAAGUAAACAAUCCUUUAAUAAAAGCAGUAUCAGUUUGCCAAGAUAAAAACUGCACGUGGCAGGGAGACAUGGAAGACAGAUUUGUUGUGCUUGACAACUAUGGCAAUAGGUCAGAAAGAAGUUUUCUGGGGUUAGUUGAUGGCUUUCAUGGUGCAACGGCUGCAGAAAGAGUUGCAACAGAGCUUCCACUUCUAUUCCUUGACCAGCUUGCUCAAAUAGAUUGCUCCUACCAGAAGAGCAGGAACGAACAGCAAGUUCUCGAUUCUUUUGCCACAGUAAUCAAGGCAGAUUACAAAAAAGAGAAGGUUUUCUCUGGUAAACCAGGCAGUGACAAGCUCAACCCUUAUGAAGGGAUCCACAAAGCAUAUGCCAAGUCCUUCUGGAGAAUGGACAGGCUUUUACGGCUGGGAAGGAAUGAGGCUUCCAAAGUUCGCUGGAGUGGCUGUUCAGCUGUUACCUGCUUAGUGGAAAGAAUCCCCAGCAAAGAGACAGAUGGCACUGAGGAAGAAGAAAGAAAACAUUCUGCAAACACACACAGGCCACUAUCCAAGCCAGCCAAAGGCAUUGCUGGCUUACUGCAUGUUGCCAACAUAGGUAACACACAUGCAGUUCUGUGUAAAAAUGGGAAGAGUCACUGCCUCUCCAAAGAGCACAGCACUGCCAAUGUAAGCGAGACAAAACGCAUACUGCAGAAUGGUGGAAGCAUCAGCAAUAAUAAACCAGAUGGAUUAGUAGAGGGGCACCUGAGAACGACCAGGGGUCUUGGACAUCAUGGAGAUCUUGUGCUGAAAAGAUCUGUUAUACCUGUACCUCACACUGUAUCUGUCCCCAUUGAUGAUACUUGUCAGUUUCUUAUUUUAGCUUCUAAUGGGCUUUGGGAGGUGCUGGAUUUCAGUGAAGUACUUACAUUAACUCUAAGAACAUUCACUCAUUAUUUGAGAAUGUAUGAACAACAAAACAGGAUGUCACCAUAUAAGUGCCAGUAUCUGAUGCUCCUCACUGAAGACAAGUUCAAUGACUUGGAGACUAGUAAUGACCUGCAAGAUGGAGCAGAGAUACUGUAUUCCCAUAAAGACAUUUUGCUCAGUGACUCAAAAGGCAACCUAAAAUUAAAUGAGCUGAAGUGUUCUAGGAAGAACUUUUUGCAAAGUGGAGUUCCUAAGGGAACUGAUGACUCUAAAAAUCAAACUGACCAAGAACUGUCUCUUUUCAGUAACAAUCAAGUCAAGUCACAGAAUGGAGAGAUGGAAUGGUCAGGUUCUAAAAGUGGCUCUGAAGAACUGAAACAGUGUGAGGACAGAAAAAUGUGUCUGUCUAACAGUCUCUUGCCAGAGUCACAGACUACAAGGCAAGAAGAAAGAGACACUGACACCUUCUAUGUGACCAGUGGCACACACGAACAGCGGCGAGAGAAUGUACUGGCAAUAGGGUUUAAAGACAUGAAGCAACUCCCAGAAGACACAAAAACUUCCUUAUCUAUUAAUGACUCAGGUCCACAACUGGCAGAAAAAAUGGACUUCAAAAUAUUUUGUGACAAAUCUGCAGCUUAUGCUAGUCAAGAACUGCUGAACACUGUAUCACCAGUGGGUUCCACACCAUCACCACAGCAUGAAGAUGACAUAAAAAUGUACCCAUCCAAUUCUGGAUCACAAAUUGCAGGAAAAGGCACAGUCACCUCUGAGACACUCUAUGACAAGGCAGCAAGCUACGUCAGUGAACAACUGGUGAAGGCUGCAUUAGCUGCAGGUUCAAGAGAUAAUAUUACUGUUUUGAUUGCUCUUCUAAAUGGAUGUGAUAAGAUACCAAAUUACCUCAACAUUUAAAAAUUUAUCAUAGAAUAACUUGAGUGCCACAGUACAUACAGCACAAGCCUAUAUAUAGCUGUCUCAUGGAUUUGCUUGUAAUCAU